AUUAUUAUUUUCUAUUUUUAUUCCAAGUAGUUUGGCUGGCCUAGAAGGAGAAGUUGAUGAUCAAUCACGUAAUACAAAUCGUGGGCCUUUUCUUUAGCUCCACCAUAACCGACCCCCUCCAUUUCACACUUCCCAUGCCCAUAUCCAUCCUCUCUCCCAACCUUCUUUACAUAUAAAAUACCAAACCAACUUAAUUAAGUUCCUUAUCUCCUCCCCAGCCUCUCUACUUUUUUUUUCUCCCACUUUCAUGGCUUCCAAACAACAUCCCGUGAUCACAAAGAAAAAUACAUCAUCAUCAGUCUCCAUGGCUGAUUUUGCUUCAUGGUAUUGUGUUAUAUUUGUAUUAGCUCUUAUAUUGCUAAGUGCUCUGAAAGAGACUAAUUCUUUGAAUCGUAGUCGUAGUAGUAGAUAUGGUGGUAAUAAUGGUGAUGAUGAGGCUGUGAUGAUGGUGAAAGGAAACCAGGUUUUGGAGAAAGGUUGUGAUGAAAUCUAUGUUGUUGGAGAAGGUGAGACUCUUCACAGCAUUAGUGUUAAGUGUGGUGACCCUUUCAUUGUUGAACAAAACCCUCAUAUUCAUGAUCCUGAUGAUGUUUUUCCUGGACUUGUUAUUAAGAUUACCACUACUAUUCCUCCUCCUCCAAACCAUAUUUCUUGAUCAAUUAUUUAAUGAAUUAAUGAAUUAAUUCCAAUUUUUUGUUUCUUAAUUUCGUUAUUUUUUUUCUGUUUAUGUACAUAUUUUAUAUAUUGUCUUCUUGAUGUUUAUGUAACUAUAGCUUUUCAUAGUGCAAACACACGUUAGAUUCGAUUACCAUAAUCAUAAUCCCCUCAAUCUUUCCUUUAGUUUGAUUAUGGGAUGUUAGGUAGGGGUGACACGGUUGGAUCCGAGUCUAGAAGUCAUAAGAAAGCCAGUUCAAGCCAUUUGUAAGACAAGAAAAAUUAUUGCUUGAUUUGGAUAUUUGUAAGUUAAAAUUUACAGAUAUCUACACCAUAAAAAAUUUAUAUGUAAAUAUAUGUAGUUUAUUAAAGUAUUUUAUCGGAGAACAAAGAUAAACAGGAUCGCAGAUAAUCGAUUCCUUAUUACAAUAUGAGAAUGAAUUGAUGUUUGAGUAAAUUAUUUCAUCUUAUUUUAAUUUUUUGAGAAGGAGUA